GCGGCCCGGAACUCCUCCGCACCUGGCCUGGGCCACAGCUCCCCUCCAGCCGGACGCUUCAACAGCCAUGAACGUGUCCUUCUCUCGCUGCCACGCAUCCCCCUGGGUGGAAAAUGGCUCCUCCGCGACCAUGGGCAGCAUGCUCUUCGGCGCCGGGCUGCUGGGCAACCUGCUGGCGCUGGUGCUUCUGGCGCGCUCGGGCCUGGGGUCCUGCGGGUCACGGCCACUGCGCCCACCACCUUCGGUCUUCUACGUACUAGUGUGUGGCUUGACAGUCACCGACUUGCUGGGCAAGUGUCUGGUCAGCCCGGUGGUUCUGGCUGCCUACGCGCAAAACCGGAGCCUACAGGAACUGCUGCCUACCGCGGGCAAUCGGUUAUGUCAAGCCUUUGCUUUCAUCAUGUCUUUCUUUGGGCUAGCCUCGACGUUACAGCUGCUGACUAUGGCGCUGGAGUGCUGGCUAUCUCUGGGACACCCCUUCUUCUACCAAAGGCACAUCACCCUGCGCCGGGGAGUGCUAGUGGCGCCAUUAGUGGGAGCCUUCUGCUUGGCUUUCUGCGCGCUUCCCUUUGCCGGCUUUGGGAAGUUUGUGCAGUACUGCCCUGGCACCUGGUGCUUCAUCCAGAUGGUCCACGAGAAGCGCUCGCUAUCGGUUCUCGGUUUUUCUGUGCUCUACGCUAGUCUCAUGGCGCUACUGGUCCUAGCUACCGUGCUGUGCAACCUGGGCGCCAUGCACAACCUCUAUACCAUGCACCGGCGCCUGAGGCACCACCCUCGCUGCUGCUCCAGAGACCGCACCCAGCCAGGCUCCAGUCAAGGUGUGGGGUCCCUGCAUCCCCUGGAGGAGUUGGACCACCUCCUGCUGCUGGCUCUGAUGACAGUGCUGUUCACUAUGUGUUCCCUGCCUUUAAUUUAUCGUGCUUACUAUGGAGCCUUUAAACCUGUCCCCAAUAACGAAGGAGACUCGGGAGACCUCCAGGCCCUGCGUUUUCUGUCUGUGAUUUCAAUUGUGGACCCCUGGAUUUUCAUCAUUUUCAGGACUUCAGUAUUCCGGAUGUUAUUUCACAAGAUUUUUGUAAGACCUCUGAGCUACAAAAACUGGCACAGCCAUUCCUGCCAAAAAUCUAAGAUGGAAUCAGCUUUGUGAGGGCUCUGCAGCUCUGGUAAGAAAGAAUGUACCACACACUCAAAGAACCAUGAUUGGAGAAAAAAAAAAAAACCUACAAUUUAAAUCCUUAAAAUCAUC